UUAAGCUAUAAUGAAAAAAUAAAUCAAAUAUACUGAUGAUCCUUUAUUAUAUAAAACAGAAAGACACUCAGAUGAAUCUUUUGCUUAUUCUUUGCCUUUGAAUGAAUACGGUACAUAUACUGUUAUUUUGAAAUUUUGUGAAUUAUAUUUUACUGAGGUCGGAAAAAGAAUUUUUAAUAUAAGUUUCGGAGAUACAAUAGUCUAUGAAAAUUUAGAUAUAGUAAAAGAAGUUGGGUAUAUGGCUGCAUUGGAUAUUUAUUUAGAAUUAGAAUAUAGAGAUAAGAAUGUAUAUUUUAAUGGAAUUUUAUGUGAAAAUGCAAUAGAUAGAUUACAUUAAGGUUUAUUAGUUGAAUUUUAAAAAGGAUAAAAAGAUUUACCUAAAGUCGAUGCAAUAAUGUUAAUUAAUUUGCCUAAAAAUAAGACUAAUUUUGAUGAAUAUUAAAAUUUAAUUAAUACAUGGUAAGAAGAAAUUGUCUUAAGUAUUGAGGAAGUUUAAUAUUAGAAAAUGAAAGAAUUAAGAAAUAAAAUAAAAGAAGAUUUUGAUUCUAACGUUGAUUUUACAGAUAUAAAUUUCCGACUCAGAAAAAAUUAAUGA